GGGCGCAGGGAGUGGCGGAGCCGGGUCCGGCUGCUGGGCGGCUCCGAGGCAGAGCCAGGCGUCCGCCGCCGCCGCUGCCAGCACCCGCCGCCGCCGUCUGCUCCUCCGCCUCCUUCAGCUGCCUGAUCCCUCCGGGGCCGCUGCCCGCCGUGAUGGGGCAGAUCGAAUGGGCCAUGUGGGCCAACGAGCAGGCACUGGCGUCCGGCCUCAUCCUCCUGAGUGGUGGCAUUGUGGCGACAGCUGGGCAGUUUGUCCUGUGGCAGUUUGGUGCCUACUCGAUUGUGGCUGGAGUUUUCAUCUGCCUGCUGGAGUACCCUCGGGGCAAGAGGAAAAAGGGCUCCACCAUGGAGCGGUGUGGUCAGAAGUACCUGACAACUGUGGUAAAGGCAUUUGGACCCCUGACUAGGAACUACUAUGUCCGAGCCAUCCUACACCUCUGCUUGGCAGUACCUGCAGGUGUGCUAUUAGCCACCAUCCUGGGCACAGCCUGUCUGGCUAUUGCAAGUGGUAUCUAUCUCCUGGCUGCAAUCCGCGGAGAGGAGUGGAGGCCAAUCGAGCAGAAACCCAAGGAGCGACUCCAGGUGGGGGCCACCAUCAAGCAGCCGCCCAGCAACCCCCCACCCCGUCCCCCCGCGGAGGCCCGGAAGAAGCAGCCCGAGGAAGAGGCCGCGGUGCCCUCUGGGGGCCCCCAGGUGAAUCCGGUUCCGGUGACGGAUGAAGUCGUGUAGAGACCCUUGAAUGGGUAGAGCCCCACCUCCGCCUCACGCACUCCUACAAAUGACCACCAGAGGGCAGAAGGCACCCAAGCCCGGCGCAGCAGGCAGCUGGGACGGGAACCUCCGUGUCAGCUAUUGGCCCCGGGGGCAGAGCCUGCCCUAUUUCCCUUCUGUCUUCAUCCUUACUCACAGUUUCCAGUUGCAAUGCAUAUUUUGUAAUAAAUGCACCGCGGUAAAA